AUGCCUCCAGUAGUGAACGACGGAGCUCUAGUGAGUGAUGAGAUGAUUGACAUCAUCAAUGAUGUUAUUGGUGAACAAGAAACUAACGUAGAAUGUGUAAAUGAAGGAAUUUUAGAUGAUGAUGGAAAUAGUGAGACAAUUCCUGAGUCAGUUCCCACUGCCACUCCUCCAGUCCCAGCAUCAAUCCCUGCUGUCUCUCCUACUCCAGGCCGUCAACCUAAAACCACAGCAAGAAAGAAGGUUCUUGCUCUUUUGGGUCCUAUAGGAUCUUCUGUUCUUGGAGCUUAUAGUAAAGGAGUUACGUUCCCCAACUUGGAUGCUGAGCCAAUCCUAGCUUCGGCGGUUUCACUCGCCUCUCCCGAAGGUCAAGUAAAAGCCAAACCGGCCUUGGGAACAAGUCAUUCCAAAUCAAUUUCCAUUGAAGCUGUGUCUGAUCCAUCUGAUCAUGACUCUGAAUCCUCGCUAUCUCCUGAUGUGUUGACACCUAAGGCAAAGGGCAAACGUAAGACCAAAGUUGUUGGAACAAAGAAAGGGAAGAAGGCCAAUGUGGCUCCAUCAAAAGACUCUCAACCUGAGUUGGACCCUUCCUUGGCCGAGCCAAAUCCUGAAGUUCCUCUUGAUGAUUUGGCUAAGGAGACUGGAUCUGAAGAAGAUCCAUCUGACGCCUCUCCUGUUGCAUCUGACCCAAAAGGCACCACACCAUUGGCAUUUCUCGAAUUGUCUUCCAAACUUGCUCAGCAAAAAGGUGCUCCUGUCUGUACCUCAGAAAUUCCUUCUGCAAACGUUUUCGAUCUUUACAGUACUCAGGAGGAAGAGGAGGUUCCCUUGGUUCGAAAGAGGAAAUCGACCAGGAAACCUGACGGUGAGUCCAGUCAAGUGCCUUUGGCCAAGGAGAACCGAGCUGCCGAUCCUUCGAAGGAUGGGCCCUCUGGCCAAACAUCUUCCCAGCCUCCUGCUCCUCACGAGAAGGAAAUUCUGCCUCCACCUGCUCCUGCUGCGACGACUCCUUCAUCCCCAUCCCCUAUUGAACAGGCUCAACAAACUGAGGGUGAAAUGCUGACCAUGACGGCUGAUCGCGUCCAUGUGGGUACAAGUGUCGAGCAAUCCCAUGCUAGGGAGUCGAAGCUAAUGAAGGAGCUUCAAGCCACGGAGGCAAGCUACCUUCUAGAGGAUGCCAGGACAGCCGAGUUGGCUCGCUGUGCUGCUCGACUGGCUGCCGAAGAAAGGGCCAGAGUUCCUGCCACCCCAGAGAUUUCACUGGCCACGUGGAUGGAUGGAGGGGAAGCCGCAGAAGACGCAGUUGAACAGAAUGCUCCCCAGGAUCCUCCUGCUGCUCCUUAG